AUGGAUCCCGCCAAACAUCCCGUUGAACCACCCAAGAAGCGCCGCAUCGGUGUCCUCACCUCCGGUGGUGAUGCCCCCGGUAUGAACGGCGCCGUGCGGGCUGUCGUCCGCAUGGCCCUUCACUCUGACUGCGAGGCCUACGCCAUCUUCGAGGGCUACGAGGGCCUGGUCAAUGGCGGCAACAUGAUCCGUCAGAUGUACUGGGAGGAUGUCCGCGGCUGGUUGUCGCGUGGCGGUACACUGAUCGGCUCUGCUCGGAGCAUGGCUUUUCGAGAGCGUGCUGGUCGGCUGCAGGCGGCCAAGAACCUGAUCCUGCGAGGCAUUGACGCCCUGGUGGUCUGCGGUGGUGAUGGUAGCUUGACUGGUGCCGAUGUUUUCCGUGCUGAGUGGCCGUCUCUGCUGUCAGACCUCAUUGCGGCAGGCGAAUUGACCCCGGAGCAGGUUGAGCCCUAUAAGGUCCUGAACAUCGUCGGUCUGGUCGGUUCCAUUGAUAAUGAUAUGUCGGGCACCGACGCUACUAUCGGCUGCUACUCGUCUCUGACUCGGAUUUGUGACGCGGUCGACGAUGUGUUCGAUACCGCAUUCUCUCACCAGCGAGGCUUCGUGAUUGAGGUGAUGGGUCGUCAUUGUGGGUGGCUGGCCCUGAUGUCCGCCAUCAGUACCGGUGCGGACUGGCUGUUCAUUCCCGAGAUGCCCCCGCGGGACGGCUGGGAGGAUGAUAUGUGCUCCAUUAUUACCAAGAACCGCAAGGAGCGUGGAAAGCGCCGCACGAUCGUCAUCGUUGCCGAGGGAGCCCAGGAUCGCCAACUUAACAAGAUUUCGAGCUCGAUCAUUAAGGAUAUCCUUACAAAACGGCUGGGUCUGGACACCCGGACCACGGUCUUGGGCCACACACAACGAGGUGGGGCGGCCUGUGCCUACGACCGCUGGCUUUCGACUCUGCAGGGUGUCGAGGCCGUUCGUGCCGUCCUGGAGAUGUCGCCUAAUUCGCCUUCGCCCGUCAUCACCAUCCGCGAGAAUAAGAUCAUGCGGACUCCCCUUAUGGAAGCAGUCCAAGCCACCAAGGAUGUGACCGAAAAGAUCCAGGCCAAGGACUUCGACGCGGCCAUGACCCUGCGCGAUGCAGAGUUCAAGGAAUACUACCACGCCUAUCUGAACACAGCAACCCCGGAUCAUCCCAAGAUGAUCCUCCCUGAGGGCAAGAAAAUGCGUAUUGCUAUCAUUCACGUCGGCGCCCCCGCUGGCGGUAUGAACCAAGCCACUCGCGCCGCUGUGGCCUAUUGUCUAACCCGUGGUCACACUCCUUACGCGAUUCACAAUGGUUUCCCGGGUCUCUGCCGCCACCACGCUGACAAGCCGAUUAGCUCGGUCCGUGAGGUCAAGUGGCUGGAGUCUGACAGCUGGGUCAAUGAGGGUGGUUCGGACAUUGGUACCAACCGCAGUCUGCCUUCGGAGGAUAUGGAAGGCACGGCCAAGUGCUUCGAGCUGUACAAGUUUGAUGCUGUCUUCAUGGUCGGAGGCUUUGAGGCGUUUACUGCCGUUAGCCAGCUGCGCCAGGCUCGUGACAAGUACGACGCCUUCAAGAUCCCCCUCGUUGUUCUGCCCGCUACUAUCUCCAACAACGUGCCUGGCACCGAGUAUUCGCUUGGAAGUGACACCUGCUUGAACACCCUGAUUGUCUUCUGCGAUGCCAUCCGGCAGUCCGCCUCUUCUUCUCGCCGCCGAGUCUUCGUCAUCGAGACGCAAGGAGGCAAGUCUGGUUACAUCGCGACCACGGCCGGUCUGGCUGUUGGGGCAGUGGCAGUGUACAUUCCCGAAGAGGGUAUUGACAUCAAGAUGCUCUCGCGCGAUAUUGAUUUCCUGCGCGACAACUUUAUCCGCGACAAGGGUGCUAACCGGGCGGGCAAGAUCAUUCUUCGCAACGAAUGCGCCUCGAGCACUUACACCACCCAGGUGGUUGCUGACAUGAUCAAGGAGGAAGCCAAGGGUCGUUUCGAGUCGCGUGCAGCUGUCCCUGGUCACUUCCAGCAGGGUGGUAAGCCGUCGCCCAUGGACCGUGUCCGUGCGCUGCGGAUGUCCAUCAAGUGUAUGCAGCACCUUGAAUCCUACGCUGGCAAGAGCCGAGAUGAAAUUGCCGCGGAUCCUUUGUCGGCCGCCGUCAUUGGUGUGAAGGGCUCACAGGUUUUGUUCUCGCCAAUGGGCGGCGACACUGGACUGGAAGCGACCGAGACCGACUGGCAGCGCCGUCGGCCCAAGUCGGAGUUCUGGCUUGAGUUGCAGAAUGUGGUCAACGUCCUGUCUGGCCGCUCUACUGCUCGCGCCACCGAGACCUGGACAAUCUACGACAGUAUGUAA